CCCGAGACCAACUACCUCAUCAAACACAUCGCCAGGCAGAGACUCCUCUCCAAGCCCAGCCCAGUCCCAGAGCUCGGCUCCUUCACCCCUCGCUCCUCAGCCCUGAAACACAAGAUGGCUGCCUUCAGUUCUCUUUACGUUGUGGACGAGAACAAGGCUCUGAACCCCUUCGCUGGAGCACAGACCCCCAGCGUGAACCCAGCAGCCGGGACGAGAGCAGGAGAGGCACGGCCGCAGAGCGAGCCUUCUCCCAAGAGGACGAAAGGGGGAUUCUUUCUAGAUCUGGAACCAUCACCUGAGGGGGAGCAGCUCUGUGAGAAUACAGGAACCCCCGCACUGCUGCUGCCCAAGAGAGAGGGGGUGCCGUUUACAUCAGGGGUCCCUGGAAUCACAGAGCAGGAGGAGGAGGAGGAGGAGGAGAAGCCCCGGGAGACGGAGGGUGAGGGACUAUGUGCCGGUGGGGGGAUCCCCUUCCCUGACCUGGGGGACGAGACCCAGCCUCUGCAGACAGAGGCUCCUCCCCUGCCCGCCUGCGUUCUUCGGACUCCGAGCUACACCGGGGAGCCCAAGAGGGUUCGGUUCGGAGCCACGCUGCACCCCGAGCUGUUCGAUCAGACCCUGCCCCCCUCGACCCCGCUGUGGAGGGGGGAGAGCCCAGGCUGGCCCCUCUUCCCCUCCACCGGCUCCCUGCUCAAGAGUGCCCCCUGCAGAGCAGAGCAGACUGAUGGACGCCCGGAUGGCUGCAGCCUGCCGCAGUGUCCCAAGAGAGGAGGUGACUCUGUUCUGCUCCCUGACCCGUCUGCUGCUGCUGCAGCAGAGGGUCCACCCCAGCCUCCUCCCACAGACGCUGCCCCAGAGGGGGUGAAAACGCCGGGGAGGAAGAGGGUUCGGUUUGGAGGGCUGCUGAGCCCCCAGCUUUUCGACCGCACUCUGCCCCCUAACACCCCACUGUGCAGAGGGCAGACCCCCAGGUGCCUGACCCCUUCCACGUGCUCCCGGCCCCGCUCCGUGCUCAAGAAGACCCCCCUAAAAUCGGAAGGGCCCCCCCCGCAGCCAGACUUCGACAGCCCCAGGGAUUGUGCGACAGCGAUCCGCUCUCCUGACACUGGAAUCCUGGACGAGACGCACAUCGAAUUCCAUCUCCAGCUUCCACCAGAACAUCCAGGGGUACAGCCAGCCAACCCUGUCGUGCCUGUCUCUGAGGAGGGACCCCCAGAAUCUCAGCACCCCACCGCAGAGCAGGACUGCGAGGUUCUGAGAAACUCGGCCCAGGCUCGCCCCGGGAUGGAGAGCGCGCGGAGAUCCGGGAGAAAGAGGAAGCAGUGCGAGCCGGAGCAGCCCUGUCCUGUCAGGAAGGAGCCCCAAGCAAAGAGGAGGGGCGCAACGGGAGCCCCCGCUCCCAGGAAACUGGAGCAGGCGCUGCGAGGGAAAGGGUGCCGGGGCAGGCGAGGGGGAAAGCCCGUGGAUCGCUCCCUGUACGCGGGGAGAGACUACGCCUCCAAACCCCCGGCUCUCAGCCCCAUCACUGAGGGCCUGUGUUCUGCAGCCUGCAGCCCGGCCACUCCCACACACCAGGGGGCGCUGCAGGGACUCGCAGGAGAGGCAGCGACAAGAAGCCAGCGCGACCCCAAGAACGUCCCGCCCAGCUUCAGCGUCCUCGUGAAGAGAAGAGAGCCGGCCCAGAAGAGGGGGGAGGGGGACCCCAACACUGCUGCCCCGCUGGAGACGACGGCAACCAGACCCAACCUCUGCAGGGAGUCUGUUCUCCAGGGACAGGAGACCGUGGGCCCCCCCUCUGCCCAGGGAGGGGAGAGCAGCCCUGCUAGGAACGGACUGGAUCCCAAACAGGGCUAUGGGAAGGAGGGGGGAGGAGCAGAGAUCGGAAAGCCAGCGGUGAGAAGGGGCAGACGCAGCGCUGGGGUGAAGAAGCGACUGGCUGUCUCGGAGAACGGGCAGCUAGGCACGGCGGCGAGCGGCAGUAUGCAGGGGGAGGUCUUGAAGGCUGCAGAGCCCAGAGAGGAGGAGCAGGAGGGGGAACGAGCCCCCAGCAGCCCAGCCCAGGGCAGGAAGAGUGUGGGAGGGGCCCGGAGAGGCUGGUGCAGUGCUGUCUGGCAGCCAGAGGGACACUGCCCACAGCCCGCACAGGACUCCGCAAUCCGGGAGCACACCCUGGCGCCUGGCCUGUCUGACUUCUCAAUCGAGGACGUUCUCGCUGCGCCCCACCCCUCCAUCGCAGUGAGGCGCAGCAUGAGGAACCGGCGUGACUCGGGGGCCACGGGCCUGGACUGGGUCCCCAAGGGCUCCCCCUCUCCCAGCAGCAGGCAGAAGAGGAGGAGGAGGAGGAGGACCAGCUUCAGGGUCCCCCUGCGGACAGAGUGCAGCCUGGAGCAGACAGGAUCCCCAGGAGAGGGGGGCUGCAACAUAGCUGUGUAAUAUUGCUUCAGGGUCCCCCUGCGGACAGAGUGCAGCCUGGAGCAGACAGGAUCCCCAGGAGAGGGGGGCUGCAACAUAGCUGUGUAAUAUUGCCCCCCCCAUUUUUAGAUUCCAUUUAGAUUGUGAAAUGGCUCCAGCCUUGCCAGUCCCUUAGUCAUGGAUUCAUAUCUUGUUACAUUUUCAGUCCCCUCCCACUCCGUCCUUCUGAAAAAGACACACA